UCCACUUGUACAUGUCACACAGCCACACACAUAACUAUUCUUCUUCGUUUUACCAUGUCUGGAACCAUCUUCCUCAACGCCAACGCCACCUUCAGGGUUCGCUUCCGAGCCCAGGCCCGUUCCACCUUACCCGUAAAGCCCACGCCCCUCACACUACCCACUCCCUACCCUCACUGGGCUUCCUUGCAGGCCGACAUCGAAGCCCACCUAAAACAAGCCAUUCCCAUCAAAGAGCCGCUCGAGGUUUUCGAGCCCAUGCACCGCCUCGUCUUCGACUCCCCCCGGACCACCGUCCCCGCUUUAUGCCUUGCAGCCUGCGAGCUCGUGGGCGGGCAGCGCCGCCAGGCCAUGGACGCUGCGGCGGCCCUGUUACUAAACCUGGCUAAUGCGCACGUGCACGAGGAGCUUGGUUUGAGGGAGGGGUCCAACAUAGCGCUGCUGACCGGGGAUGGGAUUGUUCCGCUUGGGUUUGAGUUGUUGGCGAGCGGCGACGGGCCGGGCCGUGGAAGCCCGGAACGGGUGAUGCGUGUGAUAAUCGAGAUAUCACGUGCGGUGGGUUCGGAAGGGCUGAUAGAUUCGCAGCACAUGAAGAAAACGUUGGAGGGGGGAAACAUGAAGCGCGUGGUGGAGAAAGGGGAGGGUGGGUUGCAUGCAUGCGGCGCCGCCUGUGGUGCGGUGGUCGGAGGUGGGAGUGAGGAGGAGAUUGAGAGGCUGAGAAGGUUUGGGUUUCAUGUGGGCAUGAUGAGGGGAAUGGCGCAGAGGGGUUUCCACAACCAUGAUGUUGAAGAACACAGAAAUCUCGCACUCAAUGAGUUGCAGUUUUUCAAGGACACAGAUCUUCGAAUGAUCUCCACUUUUCUUAAUUUCUACUAGCUAUGGAACAUCAUCUGAUAACACCAACAAUGUUCGUGUUCUCAUCAUCACUUUUUUAGUUUAGUUUAUAUCUAUAUUUACUUCAAUACCAAGCUUCUGUCUGAAACAAACUUUAAAUAGAAUUAAAUUAGUAGAAUAUUUUAGCCCUUUAAAAUACUAGUUCAUUCAUUAGUUUUGAGAAAAGGAAUGAU